UCGCACGCACUCUCAGAAAUUACGUCAAAUUACCAUCUUAUCCUUCUUCUUCUUCCUCUCAAUUCUCUCUGUUUUUCUUUUUUUUUUUCAGAAAAAAAUUUCCACAAAAACAAAUCCAAAAGAGCUUGGAUCCGACCCGUUUGGACCCAUUUGCUCUUUCUAGUUUCUUCUCCUUUCUCUCUCUCUGUUUCUUGAAAUUUUUUUCAUUUUUUUUUUCACAGAGAGGGAGACCUACAUUCAUUUAUUAUUAUUGUUAAUGGUGUUUUCUUCAUUCAAAAAACAAAAAGGUAUACAUAAUUUCGUGAGUUCCAAUCGAAAUUUACAUCUUUGCAUGGUGUGCAUCAGCAAUUAGCAGACAGAUUUGUGAGCUGAGUAGUAAUAAUGGGUGGUUGUGUAUCAACUCCAGCAACCACAAUCAGGGCAAGGAAGAAACACCACCGUCGCCACAGAAAAUACCAUAGAAAGAAUUCAAACUCAGGUAUAAUAGGAACCAGGAAAAGAAACAGCGAUGCGCGGGUGACAGACAUUGCUGUUAGUGAGUUUGUUCAUACAACUUGCAGAACAUCUGAGGUCUCCAACUCCACAUUUCAUCUUACUCAGUUGCAGUGGCAGCAUAAUCAAAUAGAUGGCAACGUUGUUUGCCAAGAAGAAGCAUGGUUUGACUCGCACAGCAUUUUUGAAUCCGACUCAGAUGAUGACUUUAGUAGUGUUCAUGGAGAUAUUUUCCCCAACAUUUCAAAUGGACAAGUAGUUCAGUAUGAAACUUCAUCAUGCUUUAUGGAUAGCAAACAUAAGUACAAAGAAUAUCAUGAGAAAUAUCUCAAGAUAGAUGGCUUGAGCAAAGAUGGAGUUCAGGAUCCAAGUGGAACUGCAGUUGUAACUGCUCAGGAGUAUGAACGUCCAUCCAUGGGGAAGGGUGAAGAUUUUGGCACAAAAAAGAAGAAGAACUUGGAUCGUGCGUAUGCAAGUUUUAAAAAUGUUAAAAAGGAGAUACUUCAGAUGCAGGAGAAAACUCAGGAAACUGUUUUCAAGUCUGUUUUACCGAAGCUGGUAAAUACCUUGAGUUUCAAUGACAAAAUCAUAAAUGGACAAAACUCAGCUCCACAUUCUCAAGUAAAGAAGUCGACUAUUAUAAGGCUUUCUAUGAAGAGGACAUCUGUUGAUGGGGAAGAAAAUGAAUUUUGUUCUUCAAGAAAGUUUCUUCGCCGCCCCAGGGCUGGGCUUUUAAUUCCCUGUUGCACAGAAGAAAAGUCUAUCGCAGGAAGUUGGUCAAAGAUUGAGCCCUCGAACUUUAAGCUCCGUGGUGAUAGUUAUUUCAAAGAUAAGAGGAAAGCCCCUGCUACUAAUGUGUCUCCUUAUACUCCAAUUGGGGUCGAUUUAUUUGUUUGCCCAAGAAAGAUCAAUCAUAUAGCACAACACAUUGAGCUUCCUUCUAUAAAAGGAGAUGGAAGAAUACCACCUUUACUAAUUGUUAACAUUCAGCUGCCAACUUAUCCUGCUCCGAUGUUCGUUGGUGAUGCUGAUGGAGAAGGCUUGAGCCUUGUAGUAUAUUUCAAACUUUCUGAAACUUUUGAGGAGGACAUCUCUCCCCAGUUUCAGGACACCAUCAAGAGAUUCAUCGAGGAUGACAUGGAAAAGGUGAAGGGUUUUGCAAAAGAAUCAACUGUUCCUUUCAGAGAGAGGUUGAAGAUUAUGGUUGGGUUGGUUAAUCCAGAUGAGAUUGUUACAAGUUCAACUGAAAGGAAGCUUUUGAAUGCUUACAAUGAAAAGCCUGUGCUUUCCCGCCCUCAACACAAUUUUUAUCAGGGCCCGAAUUACCUAGAAGUUGAUCUUGACAUUCAUCGCUUCAGCUACAUAGCAAGAAAGGGGCUCGAUGCUUUUAGAGAACGUUUACGACAUGGAAUACUUGAUUUUGGUCUAACAAUUCAGGCACAGAAGCCAGAGGAGCUGCCAGAGAAAGUGCUUGGUUGUGUUAGAUUGAGCAAGAUUGAUUUUGUUGAUCAUGGCCAAAUACCCACCCUUGUGAGAGUUGAGGAAGAUUCGUGUUCAGAAUAAUACAUCUAAAACCUACAGCGACAUGUUACAUAGGGGAGUAGAUGUUAGUGUAUCUUGAGCUCUGUAUAUAGCUCAUUUGUUGUUAAGAAAAACAACACCUCACAUUUAGUAUUAAAUUUGCACCAAUUGUUAGUAACUCACUAAGUUAUAGUGGACGCUCGUGGUACUCCGAACCAACUGACUUAGCAUACUUGAUCUGCUUCAACCAUUUGCGUUGGAUAAGACGCAAGGGGAGUAAACCGCUCCUAACUCAAAAAGUUUUCCAUUCCUGAAGUGCUAGCUUGACACUUCUAGUUAGAGGUGAAGGAAUCUCAACUAUUCCGCCACACACCUUGAUGUGAUAAAGAGUCAAAAUGUUUGGUGGAGAAGGAUAUCUUAUUUGUAUUUAUGAGAUUAUUUCUGAAUUAGAGCAUUAUGCUUGUAAUUGAUCUUUUAGGUUGUAAUGGUUUAUAUUGGAGAAGCUUUUGAGCUUCCAUGUAAUGAUAGCACUUGAACCAAAUAAUAACAUUUAAUUUGGUAUUCCCUUUUUCAGUGGGGAACUUGUAAAUUCAGCUUUUUUCUUUGAGUGGGAA